AUGCUAUUGUAUUAUUUUGCUAGUGCUGUUAAGUCAAUACAAUUUCAUGUGGAUGAUGAUAUUAUCGAUAAACUCAAUUACUACUAUACCACUUCAAUCAUUACUGUGUUCGCUAUUCUUGUUUCUGCGAAGCAGUAUGUUGGUUUUCCGAUACAAUGCUGGGUACCUGCAACAUUUACGGAACCGAUGGAGCAAUAUACAGAAAAUUAUUGCUGGGUACAGAAUACAUAUUUUUUACCCUUGCACGAUUAUAUUCCUCAUAAUUAUGCUGAACGAGAAAAUAGGCAAAUUGGAUACUAUCAAUGGGUACCAUUUGUACUUGCUUUGGAAGCACUCCUUUUCUAUGUGCCAACCAUCGUUUGGAGGUUACUUAACUGGCAAUCUGGCAUCCAUGUGCAAUCAUUGGUGCAAAUGGCAUGCGAUUCACGAUUGUUAGAUUUGGAUUCGAGAAAUAGAGCUUUGCAAACGAUAGCUACAAAUGUUGAGGAAGCACUUCAUGUAAAACAUCAAGUGAUGGCUGGGAAUCGUUUGAAGUUAUUAAAUUUGAUCAUUUGUACCCGUAGUAGUGGUGCCGCUGUAACAUUUUUGUACAUUUCGGUGAAAAUCCUUUACACGGUAAAUAUCGUUGGACAAAUUUUCUUGCUCAAUACAUUUUUGGGCAAUCGUAGCAAAUGGUAUGGAUUGCAGGUGCUGAAUGAUUUGAUGAAUGGACGAGAAUGGGAAGAAUCCGGUCAUUUUCCACGUGUUACGUUAUGCGAUUUUGAAGUGAAAGUAAACAUUUACUUUUUGCAAAGUAUUAUUUAUAUGCACACAACUGUUACUCUCAGCUUUAGUAACAAAGCAAAACUAAUUGAAAUAACGUAA